GGCGAUGGCAGGUCUCUGCCUCUCUGAGGACACUCAGGACAGGGCGAUGGCAGGUCUCUGCCUCUCUGAGGACACUCAGGACAGGGCGAUGGUAGGUCUCUGCCUCUCUGAGGACACUCAGGACAGGGCAAUGACAGGUCUGCCUCACUGAGGACACUCAGGACAGGGCGAUGGCAGGUCUCUGCCUCUCUGAGGACACACAGGGCGAUGGCAGGUCUCUGCCUCUCUGAGGACACUCAGGACAGGGCGAUGGCAGGUCUCUGCCUCUCUGAGGACACUCAGGACAGGGCAAUGACAGGUCUGCCUCACUGAGGACACUCAGGACAGGGCGAUGGCAGGUCUCUGCCUCUCUGAGGACACACAGGGCGAUGGCAGGUCUCUGCCUCUCUGAGGACACUCAGGACAGGGCGAUGGCAGGUCUCUGCCUCUCUGAGGACACACAGGGCGAUGGCAGGUCUCUGCCUCUCUGAGGACAAUCAGGACAGGGCGAUGGCAGGUCUCUGCCUCACUGAGGAUACUCGGGACAGGGCGAUGGGCCUUUUCUCAACCAUAUUCUGGAACAAUCCUUACCCAGAUACUGCAAUACAUGCAAGUUUGUCAGUGACAGUACACAACAUUUUCAGUGGAAAGAAACCACAAUGUGUUUGCUUUCUAAUAAUUGUACAAUUCCUUGACUGAUAAUUUUGUAAAUGUCUCCGUCAGUCAUGUUUUAAAUGCUCUUUGAAAACCCCCAAAAUAAUUUACAAAGUAUUUUUGUUGUAAGAGGUGCGAAUAGAACAGCAUUUGAUAUUGAGUAAACCAUCAUAUGCACAAGAUUUUAGAUUCACGGGAUAUAGCCCUAGCCCCCAUCAGUAUGUCUUGUCUCAGGCAGCAAGUAGAUGGCGUCUGACUACAACACAACCAAUACAGUGAGAUAGCUGAGUCACACAACUAGGUCCUACUGUGGCAACAGUAGCCUACAGAAACUGGUGUGAACACUGGUGUAGAGCCCUUUAUCGUCUGGCAAUUAUCGGGAAUCGUCUUGAAGAUGCUGUCGAUAACGUUGAAGACUCUUCAGCAGCAAACGUUUAAAAUAGAAAUAGACCCAGAACUAACGGUGAGUAGUGGAAGUUAAGUCAGUGACUCCAGUAAAUAUGCUUGAGGCCGAGGGGCUGGGAGCAACCAGGGCCUUGGACAAAGCGAUUUAAUCUGGAGAGGGGGAUGCUAUUUUAUAUAAUGUUGUCAUUCUUCAUGUCACAUUGUAACAGUUAGGUGGUGUUGUCAAAUCGCGAUUUUCGUUGCGCUUGAGAUUGCCUGGCUGUAUAUUCAUGAAUGACGACGCAAAAUUUUACGAGCCCCGUCUCGUUACGAAAGAUGGGCUCUCGUAUACCCCCUUUUUUGGACUAUAGGAAUCGGGUGGAGGGGGGCGUUCUGUACGUUUGUUAUGAUAUAUUUGUUUAUACACUACCAUUGAAAAAACAGUGUUUGUGAUUUAUAUAACAGAGGUUGUAAAAUUCACAACAAUACAUAAAGAUAAGGUUAAUAAUAACAUUAUUUAAUGCAUGUUUAAUAACCUACAACAGUUAAUUGUCUUUAUUAAAAUAGCUUAGGCUAUACAUUGGCGGGCUGUUGAUUAUUAAAAUGUAUUUUAAAAUGGUUUCUUCUACAAUAUUAUGAUUGUUUGCUGUUUUCAAUAUAUUUCCAAUGUCAACACAUUGUCUGCUUUGCAUGUUCAUCUGCUCUAUACUUGGCUUAAUUUACAGGUGAUGUUUCCCCUUUGGAAUGCACCUACCAGAACCCCUACAUAGCAGUGACCUUUAGGGCUCUCUCUACCUUUAGAGCAGCUUGCUACUAUAGUACUGCUGUCAAUAAGAAUGCUUUCUCAGUCAACUCACAUGGUAAAAUGUUUUAGAUACAUACAGUGCCUUUGGAAAGUAUUCAGACCCCUUGAAUUUUUCCACAUUCUGUUACAUUACAGCCUUAUUCUAAAAUUGAUUCAAUAUUUUUUCUCUCUCAGCAAUCUACACACAAUACCCGAUAAUGACAAAGUGAAAACAGGUUUGAGACAUUUUUGCAAAUUGUUUAAAAAUAAAAAACUGAAAUACCUUAUUUACAUUAGUAUUCAGACCCUUUGCUAUGAGACUCGAAAUUGAGCUCAGGUGCAUCCUGUUUCCAUUGAUCAUCCUUGAGAUGUUUCUACAACUUGAUUGGAGUCCACCUGUGGUAAAUUCAAUUGAUUGGACAUGAUUUGGAAAGGCACACACCUGUCUAUAUAAGGUCCCACAGUUGACAGUGCAUGUCAGAGCAAAAACCAAGCCAUGAGGUCGAAGGAAUUGUCCGUAGAGCUCCGAGACAGGAUUGUGUCAAGGCACAGAUCUGGGGAAGGGUACCAAACCAUUUGUCGGCAGCAUUGAAAGUCCCCAAGAACACAGUGGCCUCCAUCAUUCUUAAAUGGAAGAAGUUUGGAACCACCAAAACUCUUCCUAGAGCUGGCCGCCGGCCAAACUGAGCAAUCAGGGAAGAAGGGCCUUGGUCAGGGACGUGACCAAGAACCCGAUGGUCACUCUGACAGAGUUCUAGAGUUCCUCUGUGGAGAUGGGAGAACCUUCCAGAAGGACAACCAUCUCUGCAGCACUCCACCAAUCAGGCCUUUAUGUUAGAGUGGCCAGAUGGAAGCCACUCCUCAGUAAAAGGCACAUGACAGCCCACUUGGAGUUUGCCAAAAGGCACCUAAAGACUCUCAGACCAUGAGAAACAAGAUUCUCUGGUCUGAUGAAACCAAGAUUGAACUCUUUGGCUUGAAUGACAAGCGUCACGUCUGGAGGAAACCUGGCACCAUCCCUACGGUGAAGCAUGGUGGUGGCAGCAUCAUGCUGUGGAGAUGUUUUCAGCGGCAGGGACUGGGAGACUAGUCAGGAUUGAGGCAAAGAGAGUACAGAGAAAUCCUUGAUGAAAACUUGCUCCAGAGCGCUCAGGACCUCAGACUGGGGUGAAGGACAACAAGACAACGACCCAAAGCACACAGCCAAGACAACACAGCAGUGGCUUUGGGAAAAGUCUCUGAAUGUCCUUGAGUGGCCCAGCCAGAUCCCGGACUUGAACCCGAUCGAACAUCUCUGGAGAGAACUGAAAAUAGCUGUGCAGCAACGCUCCCCAUCCAACCUGACAGAGCUUGAGAGGAUCUGCAGAGAGGAAUGGGAGAAACUCCCCAAAUACAGGUGUGCCAAGCUUGUGGCGCCAUACCCAAGAAGACUUGAGGCUGUAAUCGCUGCCAAAGGUGCUUCAAGAAAGUACUGAGUAAAGGGUCUGAAUACUUAUGUAAACGUGAUAUUUCCGUUUUUUAUUUUUAAUACAUUUGCAAAAAUGUCUAAAAACUUGUUUUGCUUUGUCAUUAUGGGGUAUUGUGUGUAGAUUGAUGAGGAGGAAAAUACCAAUCUAAUCAAUUUUAGAAUAAGGCUGUAACGUAACAAAAUGUGGGGGGGGGGGGGAAAGGUCAAGGGGUCUGAAUACUUUCCGAAUGCACUGUACAUCUGAUUAGCAAGACCCUUAUUUGUUGAAUCAAGUGUGUUAGCAACUAGCAGUAGCACUGGGCUGGAACAAAAGCCUGCAUCCCCUGAGGUUCCACAGGACCAGGAUUGAGUAACACUCAACCUUUAGAUAAAUGUAAAUAGUAGUAUGACUGUGCACAAGCUAUGGCAUCUGUUUUACAAAUUAUUUUCCUAGGCCUGUAUUGCUGAUUGACCGACAGAUAUAUUACAUUGCUGGUAAUAACACUGUCUGGUGAGCAACUCUACAUCUCAGUUUUAAAACUGGAACAUGUAUUACUGUAUCAUUAACUUGUGUAGCGUGUGUCAACUUUAAAAAUACAUUUAUGGUGUAUCACAUAAGGGAAUGUAGAUCCAUUGAAAUGCACAUGUCUAUAAAAGUAACUGCCUCGAAGCAUUCACAACAAGGUGAAGUAAUGACGGAAUGUGAAUCACAGGCUCUCAGCUUUUCACUUCCAAUCCCAUAAUCCUCAAGGAUUCUGCUUUAUGACUGAGCUGAGACAUACACUAUAAUGUGUCACCAUAAUUAGGUUCAGGAGGUCCAGGAGAGGUGAUCUCCUCAGAGAACUAAUCAGAAGAAAGUCCUGCCCAUAGAGAUAAAACUAAAUGGGUUCUAUGUCUAGUCCUAUUUAACGGCUUGUCAUUAUGUUAUUAUGUUAUUGGCAGGUAAAAGCCCUGAAGGAGAAGAUUGAGAUUGAGAAAGGGAAGGAUGGCUAUCCAGCCGCGGGGCAAAAGCUAAUCUACGCAGGUAGGACAGGCAGCUUAUCUCUAACUGCAUCUUGAAUAUCUAUCGGACACCUCUGGAAUGUUAUAGCAUAUAGAUCUACACUGAACACAAAUAUAAAGGCAACAUGUCAAGUGUUGGUCCUGUGUUUCAUGAGCCGAAAUAAAAGAUCCCACAAAUGUUCCAUAUGCACAAUUAAUUUUUCUCCACACAUUUCUUUACAUCCCUGUUAGUGACCAUUUCUCCUUUGCCAAGAUAAUCCAUCCACCUGACAGGUGUGGCAUAUCAAGAAGAUGAUUAAACAGCAUGAUCCUUACACAGGUGCACUUUGUGCUGGACACAAUAAAAGGCCACUCUAAAAGGGUGCAGUUUUGCCACACAACACAAUGACACAGAUGUCUCAAGUUUUGAGGGAGCGUGCAAUUGGCAUGCUGACUGCAGGAAUGUCCACCAGAGCUGUUGCUAGAGAAUUGAAUGUUAAUUUCUCUACCAUAAGCCGCCUCCAACAUCGUUUUAGAGAAUUUGUUAGUACGUCCAACCGGCCUCACAACCACAGAUCACGUGUAACCACGUCAGCCCAGGACCUCCACAUCCGGCUUCUUCACCUGCGGAAGCCACCCGGACAGCUGAUGAAACUGUGGGUUUGCACAACCGAAAAAUUUCUGCAUAAACUGUCAGAAACCGUCUCAGGGAAGCUCAUCUGCGUGCUCAUUGUCCUCACCAGGGUCUUGACCUGACUGCAGUUCGGCGUCAUAACAGACUUCAGUGGGCAAAUGCUCACCUUCGAUGGCCACUGGCACGCUGGAGAAGUGUGCUCUUCAUGGAUGAAUCCUGGUUUCAACUGUACCGGGCAGAUGGCAGACAGUAUGGUGUCGUGUGGGUGAGCGGUUUGCUAAUGUCAACGUUGUGAACAGAGUGCCCCAUGGUGGUGAUGGGGUUAUGGUAUGGGCAGGCAUAAGCUACGGACAACGAACACAAUUGCAUUUUGAGAUACCGUGAUGAGAUCCUAAGGUGUUAUUUAUUUCCUUAUACUUAUAUUGUUUUUUUGGGGUUUUUUUUCACCUUUAUUUAACCAGGUAAGCCAGUUGAGAAAAAGUUCUCAUUUACAACUGCGACCUGGCCAAGAUAAAGCAAAGCAGUGCGAUAAAAACAACAACAGAGUUACAUAUGGGGUAAAACAAAACAAAGUCAAAAAUACAACAGAAAUAAAUAUAUAUACAGUGUGUGCAAAUGUAGCAAGUUAUGGAGGUAAGGCAAUAAAUAGGCCAUAGUGCAAAAUAAUUACAAUUAGUAUUAACACUGGAAUGAUAGAUGUGCAAGAGAUGAUGUGCAAAUAGAGAUACUGGGGUACAAAUGAGCAAAAUAAAUAACAAUAUAGGGAUGAGGUAGUUGGGCGGGCUAAUUUCAGAUGGGCUGUGUACAGGUGCAGUGAUCGGUAAGGUGCUCUGACAACUGAUGCUUAAAGUUAGUGAGGGAGAUAAGUGUCUCCAGCUUCAGAGAUGUUUGCAAUUUGUUCCAGUCAUUGGCAGCAGAGAACUGGAAGGAAUGGCGGCCAAAGGAGGUGUUGGCUUUGGGGAUGACCAGUGAGAUAUACCUGCUGGAGCGCAUACUACGGGUGGGUGUUGCGAUGGUGACCAAUGAGCUAAGAUAAGGCGGGGAUUUGCCUAGCAGUGAUUUAUAGAUGGCCUGGAGCCAGUGGGUUUGGCGACGAAUAUGUAGUGAGGACCAGCCAACAAGAGCGUACAGGUCACAGUGGUGGGUAGUAUAUGGGGCUUUGGAGACAAAACGGAUGGCACUGUGAUAGACUACAUCCAAUUUGCUGAGUAGAGUGUUGGAAGCUAUUUUGUAAAUGACAUCGCCGAAGUCAAGGAUCGGUAGGAUAGUCAGUUUUACGAGGGCAUGUUUGGCAGCAUGAGUGAAGGAGGCUUUGUUGCGAAAUAGGAAACCGAUUCUAGAUUUAACUUUGGAUUGGAGAUUCUUAAUGUGAGUCUGGAAGGAGAGUUUACAGUCUAACCAGACACCUAGGUAUUUGUAGUUGUCCACAUACUCUAGGUCAGACCCGUCGAGAGUGGUGAUUCUAGUCGGGUGGGCGGGUGCAAGCAGCGUUCGGUUGAAGAGCAUGCAUUUAGUUUUACUAGUGUUUAAGAGCAGUUGGAGGCUACUGAAGGAGUGUUGUAUGGCAUUGAAGCUCGUUUGGAGGUUUGUUAACACAGUGUCCAAUGAAGGGCCAGAUGUAUACAAAAUGGUGUCGUCUGCGUAGAGGUGGAUCUGAGAGUCACCAGCAGCAAGAGCGACGUCAUUGAUAUGCACAGAGAAAAGAGUUGGCCCAAGAAUUGAACCCUGUGGCACCCCCAUAGAGACUGCCAUAGGUCCAGACAACAGGCCCUCCGAUUUGACACAUUGAACUCUAUCUGAGAAGUAGUUGGUGAACCAGGCGAGGCAGUCAUUUGAGAAACCAAGGAUAUUUAGUCUGCCAAUAAGAAUGCGGUGGUUGACAGAGUCGAAAGCCUUGGCCAGGUCAAUGAAAACGGCUGCACAGUACUGUCUAUUAUCGAUCGCGGUUAUAAUAUCGUUUAGGACCUUGAGUGUGGCUGAAGUGCACCCAUGACCAGCUCGGAAACCGGAUUGCAUAGCGGAGAAGGUACGGUGGGAUUCGAAAUGGUCGGUGAUCUGUUUGUUAACUUGGCUUUCAAAAACUUUUGAAAGGCAGGGCAGGAUGGAUAUGGGUCUGUAACAGUUUGGAUCUAGAGUGUCACCCCCUUUGAAGAGGGGGAUGACCGCGGCAGCUUUCCAAUCUCUGGGGAUCUCAGACGUUACGAAAGAGAGGUUGAACAGGUUAGUAAUAGGGGUUGCGACAAUUUCGGCGGCUAGUUUUAGAAAGAAAGGGUCCAGAUUGUCUAGCCCAGAUGAUUUGUAGGGGUCCAGAUUUUGCAGCUCUUUCAGAACAUCAGCUGUCUGGAUUUGUGUGAAGGAGAAGCGGGGGGGGGGGGCAUGGGCAAGUUGCAGCGGAGGGUGCAGAGCUGGUGGCCGGGGUAGUGGUAGCCAGGUGGAAAGCAUGGCCAGCCAUAGCAAAAUGCUUGUUGAAAUUCUCGAUUAUUGUAGAUUUAUUGGUGGUGAUAGUGUUUCCUAGCCUCAGUGCAGUGGGCAGCUGGGAGGAAGUGCUCUUAUUUUCCAUGGACUUUACAGUGUCCCAUAACUUUUUGGAGUUAGUGCUACAGGAUGCAAAUUUCUGUUUGAAAAAGUUAGCCUUUGCUUUCCUAACUGCUUGUGUAUAUUGUUUCCUAACUUCCCUGAAAAGUUGCAUAUCGCGGGGGCUAUUUGAUGCUAAUGCAGUACGCCACAGGAUGUUUUUGUGCUGGUCAAGGGCAGUCAAGUCUGAGGAGAACCAGGGGCUAUAUCUGAAUCUGAACUGUAACUCAGUAAAAUCUUUGCAUGCAUGUUGCGUUUAUAUUUUUGUUCAGUGUAAUUGAGCAGGUUCUUCUUGUUGUGUUUUUAUAGGCAAAAUAUUGAAUGAUGACAUACCUUUAAAAUACUACAGAAUUGAUGAGAAAAACUUUCUGGUGGUCAUGGUUACAAAGGUAAGAUUUCAACACUGUUUUAAUGGAUUAUUUGGUAAGCAUUCGUAUGUGAGGAUAUUAUACGAGUUUAUUAUUUUAUUGAUUAAUUGAUAGUCAACUUUAACAAAGGACUUACAAGAUAAUCAUUUAUGUGCUAAUAAUACUGUCACUACAGUGUUAAUGACAGUGGAAGUAGGAGUUUGUCAUUUGUAUUUGUAGAAAUAUCUUAUUGAUUGAUAUCUAAAGAUGAGGUAGUUGUCUGUAGUCACUGUGGUCAUCUCUGGGCAGUCUUGUUUGUUGUCUCCCUACAGCCCAAACCUCCAGCUACUCCACAGAUUUCUCCUCAGGCAGCCCCAGCCCCAGCCCCAGCCUCUACCCCUGACCCUGCACCUCCUGCUGUUUCUGGGCUGUCCCUCUCUGACAUUGCCCGACCUACCUCCUCCCCUGCCCCCAUGGAAAUCUCCACCCUGUCCCCUACACCCACACCUGCCCCUGCCUCAAACCCCACACAAUCAGUGGAGUCCUUCACACCCCCUGCCCCUGCACCAGCCCCUGCUUCUAUUCCCCAAGAAGCCCUUCGGGCCAGUGCAGCCCCAGCUCCAGCCACAGCAGCAUCCUCCAUCUCAGAGGACAAGCCUCAGGGGGAGCACCCUGAACAGCCCUUUGCCACACCACCAGCCCUCUCCUCCUCCAGGUAUUAACUAAUGAUACAAUAUUUUUGAUCUUAGAUCAUUUAAAGAUUUGGAUGGCAAACAUGUUUUAGUUCAUAAAUGUGUCUGUUUUGAUCAAUGUUUUUUUUCUUCUCUCACAGCCUUGUUGAUGACUUAAGUCUCCUGGAAGAAGCAGCAUCAAUACUGGGUAAUGAAGAGACUAGUCUAAUCUUUCUCAUCACAAUAUCAUGUUUCAUCUUCCCAUUGAUUUAUGACCCUCUAUCCUUUUCCCCUCUCUUCACGAGACAGUGACAGGACAGGCAUAUGAUAAUCUGGUGUCUAAAAUAAUGUCUAUGGGAUAUGAAAUGGAGCAGGUUGUUGCAGCGCUGCGAGCCAGUUACAACAACCCAGACAGAGCUGUGGAGUACCUGCUAAUGGUGAGUUUCCAUCCUAUCAGUGAUUUAAUGGUAGAUUAGUGUAUUAUUACCUGGAAGCAGUGGAGCUAAUUCCAAGGUUCCACCACACUCUUUUCCAUCCGAAGGCUCAGUGCCAGACUCUACUGACAAUCUGACAGCAGUAUGCACACAGAAUUGUUUUUAAAUUUUCUGUCCCAAAGCUGUAUACAGUUCAUUGUGUGUUUAUCCAUCUGUCUCCCUUACAAUGCAAAGCACUGAGCACUUAGAAUAGAGCAAUAUAAAUGCACUUCAUUAUUAUUAUUUAAUUAUCCUGAGGCAUCAAAAAUUAUUCUCUCUACGUCAUCCAGGGGAUUCCGGCCGAGGCUGACCUUCUGCCACCGGAGGCGUUCCUACCCACAGCUCUGGCCAACCUCAACCCCACUGCCCCAGCUCCUGCCCCAGCCCCUGCUCCAGCCUCAGAUAGAGCCCAGCCACCACCAGCAGCCACGAGUGAGACCACCACCCCACUCUACUCUUGUUCUUUUACCAGGCCCAUGUGGCUCUCAUACCAACCAAUAAUUUCUCUGGACACACAAUGUCAGCUCAGCACUGUGUUUCAUAGAAGUCUUUGAACUCUCUGUCCAUUCAUUCUUGUUUUGCAGCAGGCGCAGUGUCUUCAACCCAGCAGCCCCCCUCAUCUGGUGUGCUGACUGGUGGGCUUACUGGUGGUACUGGUGGAGGUACUGGGGGUGGGAACCCCCUGGAGUUUCUGAGGAACCAGCCACAGUUCCAGCAGAUGAGACAGGUCAUCCAGCAGAACCCAGCUCUCCUUCCUGCCCUGCUCCAGCAGCUAGGCAGAGACAACCCCCAGCUGCUGCAGGUCAGUGGGGAGACUGGACAUCCCAGUGACUGCAUGCAGUCUCUUUCCAUCCUCGUAGCCAUGCUCAUCAGCUUGGCUUUCCAGACCCAAUCUGGUCUUAUGGGGUUGGAAAUAUUCUGCCCUUUAGAUUCUGUUUUGACUUAGCCUACUAAAAAGGAAAUCAUAUUUGUAUUCGUAAGGGUUUAUACGAAGAUGUUCUUUCUUUGCAGCAAAUUACCCAGCACCAGGAGCGGUUUGUGCAGAUGCUGAACGAGCCCCAAGGAGGAGAGAUGGUAGAGGAGGGAGUUGAGGCCCAGGGGGCGCCACAGACUAACUACAUCCAGGUCACCCCACAAGAGAAGGAGGCCAUCGAGAGGGUAUGAGUAUUUAUGGUUAAUAAUUAACGUUGAACUCAUUUAUAUCACUUUCUCAAUGGGAAGCUCCCUGUGUCAUUGGUUAUGUGUUUCCGAGCUGACAGUUGCCUAUGUGUUUUCAUUACAGUUAAAAGCCUUGGGAUUUCCAGAGGGACUUGUCAUUCAAGCAUAUUUCGCAUGUGAGAAGAACGAGAAUUUAGCUGCUAAUUUCCUGCUCCAACAAACAUUUGAUGACUAGUGAAUGUGCAUGCGUCAGCGUGAAGGGGAAGAAUGGAGGGCUAGAGAACGAGUGAUAGUGCUACAAAAUGUACUUUGAAAGGAGGGAGUGGAAAAGGUUACCAAAAGUGACUUUUCAUUGGACAAAGACGUGAUGUGUAGUUACUGUAAGCUAUGCCUUCUCCAUUCUCUCUGGGUGAGUUAGCUCUCAGUGGGCUCUCUCGCUCACUGCUGCUAUUACUGCUGCUUGUGCUGUGUCCAUCCAUAGAGUUACAGUGGAAGUUUGCCUCACCAUAUAUUGCUUUUCAACCUCUCUCAAAGGAAACCCCAAACAUACAUUGAUUUGCUUUUGCUAUGUGAUGCCUCAUAUCCUGGGAGAAUAUACUAGAGUUUCCCGUGAUAAAGUGACAAAACCAGCAAAAUGGCCAUGGAACUCAAAUGUAUUGUUUGUUUUU